CUUACGAGAGGCGAAGGCACUGACUUUAUUGUUUCCCAAGGGGAUUCCAAAGAACUGCAUUGUGAAGGCAAUGAGGGAGACCGUUCUGGAUGGUAUUUCAACAAUAUUCCCAUUGAACAACACCCAGUCGUAAAUCGCUCAGGAAACGUUGAAGUCAAUGAACAUCUGAAAGUUUCAAUAUUGGCCUUGCACCGUAUAAAUCCCAAUAACGAGGGCGAGUAUAGUUGCGUUGUCAAAGGAGAAAAGUUCUUAGUGAGAAUGCGAGUCGAACUUACUAUCCUUGACUUGGCGGUGAAUCCGCCCAGUACUGAUGCCCGAGAAGGUGAUGGAAUCGAGCUGCAUUGUGUAGUCACCGGCGCCUCGGACUCAAGUAUCGUUCAGGACAUCGUGUGGUACUUCAGUCCAAGAGACAGUUUUUCUCCACCAGUGCCACUUCCUGUUUCCGGACCUGGCGCAUUGUUCAUUAGAAAAGAUCGUGGAUUCACCAGCUUUAUCUCUUCUCGCAGCGCACGACCUCAGAUGGACGGAGUAUAUUAUUGUAGGCUAAGAUCAACGCCAGGACGUGAGGCCAAGGGAGACGUUAAGAUCUGUGAGUUUUAUCUAACGAGAAAGCUAAUAUAUAACGGUAUCCAUCCAUUCAUAAUGCGAGUAUUUUCCGCCUAA